AUGUAGCUCGGGCCAGCGUCGACAGUGACGUCCAUGGUGCUCCUUUGGAGGAGCCGUCAGGUCAGCGCCCAGCAAGUGGACCACGAUCGACAGCGGCUCCCAUCCCAGCUCCAGCGCCCAAGCGACAGCGAACGCCCCCGAUGCCUCGGCGCCAGCUUGACACCCCAAAGACUCCAACUACACCGGCAAUGUACGGCCUGCGAGCCCAGGUCUCGAUGGUGCAGUCGCCAAGUCGGCAGAGCUCCCGAGACGUUCGCAAGCCCGUGGGCGACUUGGACAGCACACCGCCGUUGCUGCGCUGGAACUCAAGGCCCGCCGAAUCUUUCGCCCGAAACCGAUACCAAUCGGAGGCUGCAGCGCAGUGUGCUCCUGAUCCAGGUGAGCGCCACUGCAUGCAUUCAUGCAAUCUGCCACUGCGCCCAGGCAUGGGUCGAAUCGGGAACGGUGGGAGUACGAUGCUCGAGCUCAUGGCCGAUCACUGAGUCGCUUGUCGUGCCCAGAUGUGUCCAUGACCCUUGCCACCCAACCACUGGGCUCCUUCAACCGCAACCUGCCCUUUCUUGGGGAAGACGACGAUGAUGUGCGGGACCUGCGCAACGCAACGUCCCGAGCCGAGGGGCAGCCUGCUGGCACAUUGCCAGACGACGAUGCCUGCCCCGAGGCGCACACCGAGAUGGAUACAGACAAUACGCUCGAGCCGCCGAUCGUUCCCGCCGUCCAGGACUUCCCGACCUCGAUAUACGGUGCCUCCACGUUCAUCGACCAGGACGAGGAAGGCGCAUCCAUGUCGCAGCCGACCCAGGCGUUCAAUCUCUGUGAGGGGCUGGUAGCAACUCCCACAGGCACGCGAACAGGCGAAGACGUGCUGGUCCGCCCUCGCACUGCUGUCUCUGCUGUGUCCGUCACGGCGCUCAGCCCAGAGGCCGCAGCUCCCAGAAACAGUUUGGCCUAUCCAGACAGCGAUGUCCAAAGCGACUCCAGCGUUGGCCGCAAGAACGCUCUUGAUGACGAGCAUCAGCAGAAUCACGCACAGAACCAUGGUGCUGGUGAUGGCCAUGGUGGAUACUUGGCUGGAGACGGCGGCGCCGACAUUGCCGAGCCCAGAUUGUCAACACCAGAGCUACUUCCGGCCCGGAGUAGAUCGGUGCUGCUCAUCGAGUCCUCGAUGCCCACCUUGGACCUCGACACACACAAGAGCUGGAUCGCGUUAGAGUCAGUCAACGAAUCUCCGCAACACAUCCCUGCCUCGCAAGCGGUGCUCGGUGCUCACCAAGCUGGCGACUUGCAUUCGCCAACCUCUUUUGUUCCAUCCUCUCAGACGCCCUCGAUUGAAAUCGUCGCACUUGCGCGCAGCGAGAUGAUCGUGGAUGUAUCUGAGCGGGUGGAUGUAAAGCCUGACUCCACUGGAAGUAUAGGCAGCGCACCUCCACGCACCACACAUGCCACCGGCAGCUCUUCAGUCCAGCCGCACCAACCUCCAGCUCCACCUCCACCUGCGUUCGCAUCUGCAUCCACAUCGACUCCUGCGAGAAUCCAGAAACACACCAUGUCGGACGACAUUGAGUAUACGCCAGAUGAACUCCGCCCGGCCAAGCGUCCAAAGAGUUCGGAGGCACCCACAUCGCAUGCCCAUGCCCAUGCCGACACCGAGAUCAUCGAUCUCGUCUCGCCGCCAAAGUCAAGCGAUGCUACCUCCUUGCAGACCGGGCCGGUUCUCGCAGCCCAAACCCAAACCCAGGCCCAGGCCCAGGCCCAGGUCCCCCUCGGCGCCACUCCCUUCCGGAACAACCCAAACAAAGAAGCUCUCUAUCCCAUCCAUGUGUUUGCGCCCAAGGAUCCGACGACAGCCCGCGCAUCAUAUCUGCCGCUUGGCCAUCGGCAGCGAGCACUAUGGAUCACACCAAGCCGAGAGAAGCCCAAGCCCAAGAAUGACCCAGUCACAAGUCCAGUCGCCUCUACCUCCAAGGAGAAGCCUCAGACGACCCGUAUGCCCACACCUGUCACCUCAAGCCCGCCCGAGGCCGAAACAGGCAACGCAGACUCAACAGACCCGGCUUUGAUGCAUCCGGUGCAGUCCUGCUCCAACUGUGGCAUUUGGAUCACCACCGAGUGGCAGGUCGGCCCUGAUGGCCAGAAAACACUCUGUCGUCUGUGUGGCAAGUACUUUAAUCACAUCGGGAAGCUCAAGGGUAUGGGCUCGCCAACUUCAAAACAGCAACAGCAACAGCAACAGCAACAGCAACAGCAACAGCAACAGCAACAGCAACAGCAACAGCCCGUGCCUGCUGACUCUGUCGCCAAGCCUCCAAAGCCAAAGACAUCGACAUCAUCUCUCAACGACAGAGUCAAAACGAGAGUGGAGGACGAUCUUUUCACGCUUCAGGUGGACAUUCCUGAGCUUGAUCAUCCGCUGGUUGUCUCGCAGACGCACACCCCAGCGGAUCCUCGAUCGCCAGAGCCUUUGCCACCGAUGGAGCAACCGCCACCGUCAUCUGAUGUGCCGGAUCACAGGAUCGAUCAUAGCUUCGACUCUGACAGCAGCAGCGAGCCAGACAAUCCACACGACGACGACUACAAUCCUGCUCGACGAUUCUCUGCCGGAUUCAUGUCUCCGCCGCGGCGUCCGCAAACACCACGGGCAGCCCCGCCACCGGUAACGCCAAAGGCCAAGAUUGCGCCUGCCACUGCUGCUGUCCCGCCUAGGACUGCGAAGCGACAGCGCAACAAGACCGCCGAGGAUCGUCCGGCGCUGGAUGCACGCUCGCGCUCCUACCUCGAUGCCUCGACCGAGCCAGAUGCACUGGCCAGGUUCUCAAGCCCGCGCAAACGGAAGUUGAAGGAGGAGCCCAAGUUUGGGCUGUCCACUGCCGCCACCGACGGCAGCCCAGGGUCAUACGAAGAAGGCGAUGAAGUGUGGGCGAUUUGGAAGGACGACGGAUACUACUAUUCGGUGAGGAGCCGAUUCCGUGCCAUGAACGCGUCCCGCAAUUCUCCCUCUUGGCAUCGUCCCUCCUGGAUGUACUCUCUCGGGAUGGUGGAGCAAGGAAUUGGAGCGAUCGCAAAUGCCGCUGCUGCGAUCCAGUCUGAUCAAUUCGGUUUCGAAUGCCCUGCAGGCCACGAUUCUAGCGCGGUAUUCAGAGUCGAACCGCUACACCCUCGAGUACCAUGGCGGCGGCCCGCCGGCAGUCGUCGAUAUCCAUAACAUACAUCCCCUAGUGGUCGAGAGAUACGACCAAUGCACCGUGAUUGUGGGAUCGGACUAUUCCAAGAAGGCCAGCGCGGUUGUGAUGUCCGUGACCUCGACGGACAAGUCGGUGAUCGUCCGUGCCCAGCUUGCAAAGGGCAAGACAGUCAAGAACUGCGUCUUGGCGGCGGUCUGUCUCUCAGUCGAGCAGCUCCGGUUCAACCAGCGGAGGAGGAUCGAGGACAGGAAUCGCGAUAUGCUGAUGU